AUGGCGCGCAUCAAUCUCCCGCCCUUGACCCGAGCGCUGCUGCUCACCGUCCUCGGACUGUCCACUCUCAACGCCAUCUUGCGCUCUCGCAAUUGGACUCCUUCCCUCGAGCGCACGCUAGCUGCGACCAGCUAUCUCGCCAGUCCUCGCUGGGCAGUGCCCUACCUCGUCGCCAUUCCCACCAAAAGCUUUCGAUACCCCUGGACCCUGCUCACGGGCGCUCUGAUCGAGAACAAUGCCGUCUCGCUCGCGGUCAGCGGCUGCGUCAUCUACUUCGUCGGCCGAUAUCUAGAAAGAGCUUGGGGAAGUAACGAAUAUGCGAAAUUCGUUGUGUUUGUCGCCGUUGUCCCGAAUGUCGCGGCCUUCGCUUUGUAUGCUCUGUGGCACGCUGUGACGGGAUAUGCGCCAGAAUUUCCUACUCCGCUGAACGGUCUCGUCGCCCUCGAAGCCGGAUUCUUAGUCUCGCUGAAACAACUGGUCCCCGAACAUACCGUUUCGCUCUUCAAAGGAGUGGUCCGAAUGCGCGUCAAGCACUUCCCGGCCGUCUUCGUUCUGGCAAAUAUGAUAUCGGGUCCCCUUUUGGGCACGUAUACCGCCAUGUGGUUGGCGCUGUUCGGCUUUCUCACUUCGUGGAUCCACCUGCGCUUCUUCCGAAUCUCCGAAAUCACCAGCGCCGCCACGGGAGGCGAGGGCGUGAGCAUGGUCGGCGACGCUAGCGACACGUUCUCCUUCGUCGCCUUUUUCCCCGAUGCCAUGCAUCCAUAUCUAUCGCCUGUUUGUGACGGGAUUUAUUCUAUCUUGGUGCAGCUGCGGUUGUGCACGCCAUUCUCCGACGAGGCCAUCGAGGCAGGGAAUGAGGGCGCGGCAUCUCGAUCGGGAAGCCUCCCUAACAUUAUGGACUCCCGCGGCGGCGGUGGCGGCGGCGGUGGCGGUCGGCGUGCCGAAGCGGAGAGGCGUCGUGCGCUGGCCUUGCGAGCUCUCAAUCAACGUCUCGACGCUGGCGCGUCAGGCCGGGGUCCUGGAUCCGCCGUCACAAAUGUCCAAGUCUCGCUCAAUACUGAACCCAGUUCUAAAGCUGCGAAUGAGACUGCCGGUUCUACUCCGCCAGCGAAGGAGACCCAGGCUUGA